UACCAAACUAUCAGCCACACAAAGGAAUAUAACUUCAUCUGGGUAUACGUGCCCUAAAGGCAAUUGAAAUCAUAAGGGUAUUUCAAUUAAUUAAAGAGGUGAAGUGAGUGCGAACUCUCAACCACAUAGAAAAGGAUCUCUGUUCAGGAAAUGGCUAUGGCAUCCACAAUAACACCAAGAACAGCUCUCUCACAGUUUCAACAGCUACACAUCGCCAAAAAUUUUACCAUUACAAGCUCCAAUGGAUGUGUUCAACUUCAUGCCCGUGGAAAAUUGAACUUUGAAACUGGGAAGUGUUUCUUGAUAACCAGUCCCCAAAGGAGGGAGUUUGGACUAAAGAAACUCAUAUGCGAAGCUGGUUCAGGUGUUGAGGCAUCAGUCGACUCAGGAGAAGAUUUAGUCAUUGUCAAGAACCCUCAGAUAGUUGUGGAAUCUCAAGAUAAUGAUAAGAUGCAAGUUAGAGUGGACUUGACUGGUGAGGAAACUGAAAGAGUGUUUGAUCGGGUUUUGGCUAAUUUGGCCAAAACAGCACCGCCAAUUCCAGGAUUUAGAAGAGAAAAAGGGGGAAAAACGUCUAAGGUUCCCAAAAGCUUUCUGUUAGGGAUACUUGGUGAGGAACGUGUGACUAAGUUUGUGAUACAAGAAAUUGUCAGUUCAACAAUGGCUCAAUAUGUAAAGCAGGAAAAUCUGAAGGUGAAGGACAACAAAAUCAAUACAACUCAAUCUGCCGAAGAACUCAAAGCAUCAUUUAAAGAGGGGCGCGAGUUUGGAUUCAAUGCCAUUAUCGAAUUUGAAAAUAUAGAAAUUGAGACUCCCGCGGUGCAGCCCUCGUAAUGAACUCAGAAUGUAGGAGAAGUCACAGCGACCACUACUGUUGUUCGAUGGAUGGUUUGGAAAAUGGGGUCAGAUUAUAGAAGAUUUCGGUCUUGUUUGAUGAUUUUCAGUUUCAUCUUCUGAUCCCUGUUCAACAACAAAGUAAACUGAUGAUUUUUUUUCUUCACAUUAGUUAUUGAUUACCAAACAUUAUCUUCUUGAGAUUCUUGAGUAAAGCAGCCAUCUAAUACUUAGUAAAAGCAUUAGGAGAAACAGCUUCCUUCAAAUAGUUUGGGAACUUAUAAAUGUGCAUCCAGCUUUACAAAUUGAGAGAUAUACAUAAAUAGAGCAAAUAAUUAAUACGACAAUAUUGCAAAGGGUAAAA